UCUCAUAUCUGGUUGUCUCGUAGUCAUUUGUCACCUCUCUCUCUCUCUCUCUCUCUCUCUUCUCUCUCUCUCUCAAAGCUCAAAUACGCAAGAAAAAUAAGAGAUGCAAAUCACUCGAACAAGAAGAAAAAGCAAAAAGUCUCAAUCACCCUCACCACCACCACACCCUCCCUCUUCAACUUUCAACCCAAAACCCAAUAAUAAUCACUCAUCCCCCUCUUCCAAGCAACCCUCUUUCCACCUCUUAGUCACCACCAAACCCACCUCUCCUCCUCCUCACCCUCUCUCUAAAUACCCAACCCCCAUUUCAUUUUUAUAUUCUACGAACACACACUCUCUCUGUUGUCUUUUAACUUUCACUCUGUUUUAGACUUUAGGCUUUUAUUAUCACACAUUAGUUGUUGGGUUCAUUGGUUUUAUUAUUUUAGUUUAGAAAGCAGAAUGGCCCGGCUCUUCCGAUCCAAAUCUUGCCAUCUCGUUGGACUCACUGAGUUCAACAUUGCCCCUCCGAGCCCAUUUUCCCACCACCAUAACAACAAAGACGUUGAUGGAGAAGAUGAAGAAGAAGAAGAAGAAGAGGAAGAGGAGAUGGAAGAGCUGGAAUAUGAGGACUUGGGUUAUGAAGAUGAGGUUCAAAACAAUCCCAUGUCGGCCCCAUUUCUUUAUCCCACAAGUAGAGCCCAUGGGAGCAAUAAAGGUCGAGACUUUCAUGCUCAUAAUGGUCACCAGCAGCAAAACCAGUUUGCUGUACUGGACAUUUUGGUGGCUGCUCUGAGGAAGUCUUUGAUAACUUGCAGUGUGGAGAGGGAUGACGUGGCUUCCUCUAUCGAUAUCAGUUCUCCUACUGAGGUGAGGCAUGUUUCGCAUGUCACAUUUGACAGGUUUAAUGGGUUUCUGGGUUUGCCCACUGAGCUUGAGCCUGAGGUCCCCAGGAAGGCGCCUAGUGCCAGUGCAAGUGUGUUUGGAGUCUCUGCCAAGUCAAUGCAGUGUUCUUAUGAUAAUAAAGGAAACAGUGUGCCUACAAUACUUCUUAUGAUGCAAAAGCGAUUGUAUUCAGGAGGAGGCCUUAAAGCAGAAGGAAUAUUCAGAAUAAAUGCUGAAAAUGGCCAGGAAGAGCGUGUUCGGGACCAAUUGAACAAAGGUGUAGUCCCGCAUGGAAUUGAUGUUCAUUGUUUGGCAGGUUUGAUAAAGGCAUGGUUUAGAGAGCUUCCUUCAAGGGUACUUGAUCCACUCACACCAGAACAGGUGCUGCGCUGCAACACAGAAGAUGACUGCACAAGACUGGUGAAGACACUUCCUCCAACAGAAGCUUCACUGCUUGAUUGGGCCAUCAAUCUGAUGGCAGAUGUUGCGCAGAAUGAACAGCACAACAAGAUGAAUGCACGCAACAUUGCUAUGGUUUUUGCACCGAACAUGACUGAGAUGGCAGAUCCUUUAACUGCAUUGAUACAUGCAGUGCAAGUUAUGAAUUUCCUGAAGACACUGAUUUUAAAAAUCCUGCGUGAGCGAGAGGAAUCAGCUGCAGAGGCUACACUGCAUUCACCAAGCUUGAAAUCUCCCAACCACAACAGUGACACUGUGUAUUCAUUCAUGGGUGAAUCCUUUGGGCAGAAUCUAAAUUCCUGUGCCCCCAAGGGACCUGUUGAUGAUAUCUCAUUCAGGACUACCAGUUUGGACAGCCCGAAAGCUGACAUUGAUGAGAAACUGUGGUGCUCUCCGGUAUUAAGUGACGGGGAAGAUGAACUCGAGUCCAAUUCACACAGCAGCAUGUCUACUAAGUAUGAACUCGAUUGUUCCGAAAAUGGAUGUAGAAGUGGAUAUGAAGCUGGAGACUGGUUAAGUUUGAGGAAAGGAGUGCGGAAGCUGUGCAGCCACCCGGUGUUUCAGUUGAGUAAGCCGGCGAAGAAGACUGAAAAUCUUGGGAUUGUAAAUACUAGGGAGAGAGAAUUUUGA